GUAACACCUGGUCUAGCUUGCCACUCCGAGAACAAGUGUUUGCCUUUUAGUUGACUUAUGGCCACACUGUUCACAACAUCAGGUUCGGUUUCACUAAAAUCUUAAGCAUUGUGCAGAUUCAAAGGUUGGGGUGUAGUAGAGUGAGGCGUCGUAACAGACUUAUUGUGUGUGCUGAAGAAGGGUUACCUGUGUCGAGGAACUGAGGGAACUCAGCAGGUGUGGUUGAGAUGGCACUAUCGCUCUCUGUUCUGUGUUCGGUAGUCCUAGGGGUGGCGGCCCUAAUGCUGAUCAUCAACAACCAGAACCUCAGGAAACUAACAGAGGAACAAGAGAACCACAUACAUACCAGGAUGGACGACAAAGAUAAGAAGUUAAAAAUGUGCAAGGAAUCACUGGACAAAUCCAAUGCCCACAUAGCUGAAGUGGAACUAGCCAUGCAGACGGAGACCCAGAAGGUUGUUGAGAUAAAGAAGAACCUGGAGGAAAUGAAAAUACAGAUGGGGAAGAUGAUGAACAGGGACAAGACAAUGCAGCAAAUGCAGCACGAACUUGAGGAGGCACAGACGAAGGAACAAAAUGUCAGGCUACAACUGCGAGAAGCUGAAGCUGCUCUAGAUAAAUUGGCGAAGGAAAAGGAGUCAGGGAAACUUAAAAAAAAUGUAAUAGUGUGACACGAAGAUUUUCCUGUGACAAUUUCUAAAUGUUAUUUCAUACUUUUUUUCUGCCCACUUUUGAACAAUUAUGAGUGACAUUAUGCAGGGUUGAAGUUGUAGAAAAUUAACAAGUGGAACGCUCACAUUAGAAUACUUCGAUAUUCAAAUUGUGAACAGCAGUCCCCUUUUAUUAGUAGUAUUUUUGUGUGUGAAGUUAUAUCAUAAAACCUUUACACCCAAGUCCUGGUUCUGUGCAAUAUGAUAGUAUUACAGCGUUGGCCAGGUACUUAUGCGUGGAUACGAAAUUAGCAAACUUUUACAUUUGGGAUACUCCUUUCCCUUUUUUAUACCAGUUUAGUACGUUUUGAAACUUUAUUCCCAAUUCCAUUCGAGACUUAUGGAAACCAGUUAAGAUUAUAAUUCUGGAGAAACGUCACAAGUGGAGUUCCCCAAGGCUCAAUACUCGGACCAACAUUAUUUAUUAUAUACAUAAACGACAUAGAUAUCGGCGUUGACAGCAACA